AGAAACUCCAAGAUGUGAUUGUGCUACUUCACAGCCCAUGCCUAUGUUCAAGCUUCCUCUUGCACUUACAGAUGAUACAGGAAGCAUAGAAGCAAUAGCUUUCUCUUCCAUAGCUGAAGAUUUAGUAGAGCGUAAUGCAUACCAAGCUUCUCAAAACAUGAAGAUACAUGCAACAGACCAUGCAGCGUCUUUACAAAUAGUUGUUGGGAAAAUAAGACUAUUCCACAUAAGAAUGAGUACUGAUAUGUCAUCAAACUUCUCCAUUAAAUAUGUCAUCCGGAAGAGUUUUCCAAUCGACAAACCACCCUCAACAUCACUUCUGUCACAUAAUGAGAAUACACCUGCAUCGCCUAUAUUACCUCUUCCAGCAACUAAUGACACAUCCAGCGUCACCAGGUUUUUUUAAAUAAUUACAAUUUAAAAUUAACUACCUCAUGUGUAUUUCUAAUAUGUUCUAACUAUUUCAUUUUUUGCUUUCAACACAAAACCAAGGUCUGCUGCGAAGAGAACUAUAGACUUUGAUCAUAGGUACACAGUUGUUCAAGCACUCCUACUUAUUGCAAUUUUUUAAAAAAUUUCCAUUUGCCUGGUAUUGAUAUUACACCAUUCAAUUCAGCGAAACACAUGCACAAUCC